UCUCUCUCUUCACCGAAAUGAGUACAGACAGAAAAUAAAAUAAGCCGUAAGAUUGCUUCUCACUACGUUGUUACCCCUAAGUCCUCUUUAACUUACAGCCCAUACUCUCCGGCGAUGCAAGACUUCAUAGGCUCCGUUCGCCGAUCCUUAGUUUUCAAGCCUUCAGGUGAAGAAUCCCCCGGAUUUGGAGGAUUCGUGGAAAAAAUCGGAUCGAGCAUCCGGAAAUCGCGCAUCGGACUCUUCGCUAAGCCUCCAGUUCAUGCGUUGCCACCCAUUGCGACACCGCCGCGAAACACAGUGAAGGAAGCGCCGCCGAUGGAGGAGCCACUUCCCCCGAUGGAAGAAGGCACGGAAGAUGAGCCACCGGCAAUUAGGGAUAGAAAUUGCAUAGUGCUGACGUCAAAAGCUGUUAAAGAGGAGCAAUCGAGGAAGAAGAAGGAGACCAACUUGCCGCCUCCCAUCCGGUGGAGGAAGGGGGAGUUGAUUGGAUGCGGCGCGUUUGGGAGGGUUCACAUGGGGAUGAACCUCAAUUCUGGAGAGUUGCUCGCUGUGAAAGAGGUUGCAAUUGCUGGAAAUAGUGCUUCAAAGAAAACACAAGAAUAUAUAAGGGAGCUUGAAAAAGAAGUGAAUCUAUUGAAAAAUCUCUCGCAUCCAAACAUUGUGAGAUACUUGGGAACUGCUAGAGAGGACGAUUCCUUGAACAUAUUAUUGGAAUUUGUGCCAGGUGGAUCUAUUUCAUCUCUCCUGGGAAAAUUUGGGUCUUUCCCAGAAUCUGUUAUUAGAAUGUACACAAAACAAUUAUUAUUAGGACUGGAGUACCUGCACAAGAAUAAGAUUAUGCACAGGGACAUCAAGGGAGCAAAUAUUCUUGUUGACAAUAAAGGUUGCAUUAAACUCGCUGACUUUGGAGCAUCCAAGAAAGUUGAAGCAUUAGCCACCAUAACUGGUGCCAAAUCAAUGAAGGGUACUCCAUAUUGGAUGGCUCCUGAAGUUAUUGUUCAGAGUGGUCACAGCUACUCAGCAGAUAUAUGGAGUGUUGGAUGCACAGUUAUUGAAAUGGCUACUGGAAAGGCUCCUUGGAGCCAGCAGUACCAGGAGGUUGCUGCUCUCUUUUACGUAGGGACAACCAAAUCUCAUCCACCAAUACCAGAUCAUCUUUCAGUUGAGGCAAAGGACUUCCUGUUAAAAUGUUUACAGAAGGAGCCAGACCUGAGGCCGACUGCAUCAGAGUUGUUAAAGCAUCCAUUCGUAACUAGAGAAAGUUGGGAAUCCAAUCUUGUUCGUCGCUCUUCACUUGUGGGAAGUUCCGGAAAACGGAUGGCAACACUUGGUGCUGAAAUUAAGAGCUCAAUGAACCUAGAGGCAAGGAGGUCCUGCAAUGGUUUGAAGGAUGACAGUGAAUUGGGUAGCAGCAGAUGCUCGACCAUUCACCCUGAGCAGUUAUCUGAACAAGGAUCGCUUUGGCAACCUGUCAUCUUUGACGAUGAUAUGUGUCGACUUGAUGAUAAUGAUGAUCUUGUACUUGGUGCACCCACAAAGUUCAAACAUACUCUAGUUUCUAAUGAUUGUAAUCAGAGUUUUAAUCCUAUGUCCGAGCCCAAUGAUGAUUGGCCAUGCCAGUUUGAUGGAAGUCCUGAGUUAACUAAAAGUGGAACUGAGUUUCUUUCCAGUCAAAUUGUUGAGCCUGGAAAUAGAUCUUCAGGUUCUGGUGAGGUGGAUUAUGGCUUCACAUUUCCGACAGGGCAGUCAGGACCUGAAGAUGAUGAAGAAGUGACUGAAUCAAAAAUUAGAGCAUUCCUAGUUGAAAAGGCUUUGGAACUGACGAAGCUGCAAACACCUCUUUAUGAGUUCUACAAUUCUUUGAAUGUUGCUGCUCCUACAAGUCCUGUUGGUAUUGGGAACAAGGAAAAUGUUUCAAGUAACUGCAACUUACCUCCUAAAAGUAGGUCACCCAACAGGGUGGGUUGUAGAAGACUUUCUACUGCCUUUGAUGUUGAGAACAGCUCAAGUCCUGGGAGUGGUUCCAGGCGUGUAUCAAACGUUGCUGAUAUAAACUCUGGAGCUUCUCAGGAUGUCAAAGAGCUGGUUCUUGACUCUCAACGGGAGCCACUUACUCCAAGCUCUAGGUUCUCUGAGAUACAACGGAAGUGGAAAGAAGAACUUGAUGAAGAACUUGAAAGGACAAGAGAGCUCAUGCGUCAAGCAGGUGCAGCUAAAACAUCAUCUCCAAAGGACAAAAUAUUGAAUCGACAAAGAGAACGAUUAAGAUUUGCAUCUCCAGGGAAUUAAAUUUGGGGCGACAUGGACUGGGUGAUUGAGAAAAUGGCCUGUCUUCCAGAGGAUUAGAUUUCCAUCAGCACGAGUCUGAAUAAAUCUAAACAGAUAGCAUUGCCUCUGAGCGAUCAAUUUAAUACAGUGCUUCUGGUGGAAGUGUAUCUUGUUUUCUUGUCAUAGUUGUGCAUAGAGCUUGUGUUCUUGGAGAUUCUACACAAUCAUAGUGGGUACCUGGUCAUAAUAUCAUGUACCAACAAGAUGACCACUUGUAUUCAGUCAAUGUGGUUCAUCUAAAGAUCUACCUAUAUAUAUAUAUAUAAGAAAGAAAAUGUCCUAUGAAUUUGUUCUCUCCUAAGGAUUUGGAAUAUCUCCUGUUGCAUAAAAGGAAAUACAGAUGGAAGACUUCAUAGUUUUGAUGCAUGUGUGAUAUCUGUGUCUAUUUCUUACAGAUUGAGAAUGUAUCGUUCACAUUUUCUGUUCAAUA